AACAGGAAACGCAACUUAACUGUUUAAAGCUGUACUGCGGCACACAUUUCGGAAAUGGAUCACCAAGCCCCCAUGCAAGGCACAGACAUGACCCGUACCCGUGUGCUGAACAGGCUGGCUGCGGAGGUCGGCUCCUGGCAGUGGAAGAGAAUCGCCAGAGAGAUCGGGCUGACGGAUGCCGAAAUUGACGCCAUUGAGGAGUUCGCGCCUACGAACCUGCACGAGAAGGCUUACCAGACGUUCCACCACUGGAAGAUGAAGAAGGGCAAUUGUGCAACUCUGGACGUCCUGGCCGGACACCUGAGGGCCAUCAACAUGGCGGCUCUGGCAGACAAGCUGGAGGACCUUCGGAACCAAAAUGAUGAUUUUCCUGAUUUGAAAUGAAGUCCGAGUUUCUCCUGACAAGAUUUGCUGCGGUGGAGGCUUACAUAAAGAUCUAUGCAAAAAGUGUCACGUUAACGUCGAUAGAAAAGCUAUGUUCCUAAUAUGCUUUCUAUGCUGAAUAUGUUACGUUAAGACUUAUGUAUGGAGAGAGAUAUAACGAAAUUCACUUCAGCCACUCGUCACUUCAGGCUGGCAGUUAAUUUUUAAAGAACAGGUGUAAAAGCACCUAUAAAUACCCUCAUUAAAAGCUUUUCCCUGGUUGAAUUUCUUCAUAUAGAUCAUAGAGAUUUCAAGAGAGAGAAAAGGACAGUAAGAUUUUUUACUACAAGAUGACCAACGAUUGUAUAGGACGUAAUGUUUAGCGUUUAGCUGCUUUCUAUUCUAUCCUGAAUUUAUAUUUCAUAUGAGGCGUAAGGUUGUAUAUAUAUUGUU